CGGAAGAAAAGCGUCUCGCUCGUGCCUCCGUCGUUUCCGCAGUCUUAAAGCUGCUGCUGCUGUUGUUGCUGCUGCUGCUGUUGUUGUUGCUGCUGCUGUUGUUGCUGCUGCUGUUGUACUGUUGCCUGUCUCUCUUUUUUCCAUCCGUGAUGUCCGUCUGAUCUUCUUUCGUAGCCCCCCGUGCUCAUCAGCAGUGCCGGCGGGGCAGGAGGCGAGGGGGGUCGAAAGCGACUUCGCUGUUCAGUGCCAAGACUCGUUGCUGAAGUCGUCGUCGUCGAGUGCCCGAGGUUACAGGACGCGCUGCUUGAAGACCCAGCAUUUUGUGCUCAGCUGCCCCUUGAAUUGGUUCAACUGUGGCCAUUUCGGACAGGCCCUGUUGAAUGACCGUGCAACGGUUGCCGGUGUGUUGCUGAGCCUCAGGUGGCUAUUUCCUUUGGCACCACAGCAACCAGAAUGAGCCAAGUACCGAUCAGCCGAGAGACGCUGGUGCGGAAGCUGGCCUUCAGCCCACGGGAGAGCCUCGCCUCGCUGCUGGAUCCAGACGACGCCUGGAGAAAACUGGCAGCGCAGAUCCCCAACAGUCUUGGCCAGCCACGGUACACGAUGCUGCAGAUCAGGAAGUUUGAGAAAGUGGUGCAGGCGGGAAGGAGCCCCACGAUGGAACUGCUGAAUGAUUGGGGCACACAGAACUGCACGGUGGGGAAUCUGGUGGACCUGCUUGUAAAGCUGGAAUUCUACAAUGCGGCUGACCAGCUCCUCCCCAGCUCGUACGAGCGGCGGGAUCCCUUUCGCCAUAUCACCGCUGUUCCGCCCUCGUCAGACAAUGGCAGCGUGUGCGAGAGCUCGCUGCUCUACUCACAGCCCUGCUGCUCGCCAGGUGAGUGGGAGGCUUGCGUCGUCCCGCCUCUCUACACCUGCCUGGGCCCGCUAUACACCACCAUGGAGAAGGAGGAGAAUAAGGAGGAGAAGGAGGCGGCCGGGGAAGAGAGCGGGAGAGGCAACGUCAACAUCGCAGGACUUGGAGUUGGGAUGUCGCUCUUAUCCACAAAGAGGGCUGGCAGAGAAAGCGAAAACAAAGAGGAGCGCGUGGUGGAGCCGACAUCGCCUACCGAGCUCACGGUGAUUGGGAUUGAAGCAGACGUGGAGAAGUUUGAGUUCACGGCCCUGCUGCGCAUGACUGGCGGGUUCAAUGACGCCCCGUUAUUGCAGGGCGGCAGCAAAAUAGGCGAGGGAGGCUUUGGCCUGGUGUACCUGGGCCGCAUCGGCACAAACGCCGUCGCCGUCAAGAAACUAACAGCCCUCGACCAUGUGUCUAUGGAAAGCAUGAAAACACAGUUCACCAAGGAGAUACACACGCUCAGCAGCUGUCGGCACGAGAACCUGGUGGAGCUCCUCGGCUACUCGUGCGAUGGGCCCCAGCUGUGCCUCGUCUACCCUUACAUGUCCAACGGCUCCCUGUCCGAACGCCUCGCCUGCAAGGAUAAUACCCCUCCACUGCCUUGGGCCACUCGACUCAGCGUUGCUGAAGGGGCAGCCAAGGGCAUCGCCUUCCUGCACGCCAACAACCACAUCCACCGGGACAUCAAAACGGCGAACAUUCUGCUGGACAAUGCUAAUGUGGCGAAGGUGGCGGACUUUGGGCUGGUGCGGGGCUCCGGGCCGGGCGGUGCGACUGCCCUCACGUCAGUAGUCGUGGGCACCGCGGCCUACAUGGCACCAGAGGCACUCCGUGGCGAGCUCACACCCCGCGCAGACACCUACAGCUUCGGGGUGGUUCUUCUGGAGCUGAUCACAGGUCUUCCUGCCUUUGAUAGCAAGCGCACCCCAGCUGUAAUCAGCAGCCUACCAGAAGAGCUGGAGGAUGGCCCGCACACACUGCAGGACUUCACGGACCCACACGUUGGCACAGUUGAUCCUGAGCGGGUGGACGCGGUCUACCAACUCGCCCUGCGGUGCCUGGAGGAUCGCAAGGGAAGACGGCCUGCAAUGAGCGAGGUCUCUAGCAUCCUAAAGGAAAUGUCAGCAACUUGCAUGGAGGCUGCAGGAGAAUGAGGACUCGAGUGAAGACACGAAUGACUCAUCCUCAAACAUAUGUCUAUGCGUGUGUGUUGUGACGAGUGGUGGAGAAGUUGUUCGCACAUUGCACUUAAAUAAUUUUGACCCAAGUUCAGUUUUUCGCCAUGGGUAACAUCAGUGGGUCUUUCAAAGAUUAUUUCAGCAAUAAGUGAAUAUCUGAUGAAGUGUAAGCACUGGAGAGAAAAUGGUUUCCAAGCACGGUUCUGAUCAUGCAACAUGUUGGAUUGAUUACACGCUGACCAAAUGUACUCUGCCCAAUGGUCUACAUGGCAAUACGGAGACUUUGUUUUUGUGUACAUGUGCGUAGCAAUGGAAUGUAGUUACACUGUGCUAUGAUCCUGACAAUUCAUGUUCAUUUUUUGGCCACUUACCAUUAUGUGAAUAUUAUUUUCGGCCUUCAUAGGUGCUCGCUAACAGCGCCACCUCCCAACAGCCUGUUAAGGCUAUAAGGGGGGGGUCUUUGUAUUUUGUGAUGGUGAUGUCACCGUCACUUCGUGGCGAAUGGCGGCGGCUGUUAUUAUUGUGUCAUGUGCCGGCUUUAAAAGGUGCUCGCAAGCAGCGAUUGUUGCGACAGCCGGAGGCUAAAAAUGAAAGGUUUACAUUAGGCGAUGCUUUGGGCAAUGGUUAUUAUUCAUGGCACAUAAAAGAACGGCCAUUGCCCAAAUUGUUGCUGAGGAUUUGUGCUUGUGCAAAGGCAGUAUUACCAAAUAAUGAUGGCAAAAAAGGUGGUCUUCAUGAGGGAUGGUUGCGAUAGUGUAGUGAUUACACCAUUAACUUAAAUUCAACUCUUGGUCGCAUACGAGUGCCAGUUGGAAUAAAGUUGAUUUGGAUCUCCCAUUGGCCAGCUCUGCGUUAGAAAAAUACCUGAUGUGAUAUGAACAUCAGUAUUGGGGACGCAAAAGUGGUUAAUGUGGAAAGUGCUGAAACAGCCACCCUAUAUGGUGUGCAUUAGCAGAAGCAAUAAUAGUUGCUUGGUAAACAGCACUGAGAAUAGCCAAAAUAGGUUUUUUAAAGUCUCGAUAUUUUGUACGAUAAAAUGUUUUUCUCAAUAAAUUUUAUAUGAAUCUGC